CUCAUGUUAGGCAGCUGCAUUUGUACAAAGAGCUGUUCCUCCACAAUUCUUUAGAACAUGUCUCUGGGGGUGCAGGUGGAGAGGUUGCUUUUUUUCUGGCUAAUCCUGCCCCAGAUCGAUCUGCUUUCAUUAACAAAUAACCAAUGCAAACAAAAUCUCCAACCCUUCAUUUCAAAGACUGCAGAAAACCACACGAAGGUCACACCAGUCUGCAAAGUAGGCUGACUUUGCAUCUAACUGUCUUACAUGUUUUUCUAUGUGCAGCACAGUGAAGGAAUGAAGAAAGCAAUUGUUCUAUAGGGUUUCAUCCCUUUUCUAAGCUGGCAUUGUUGGUGCAAGAAUCCAGAACUCAGAUGGACACCUUCACCAUGGAUAAGGCUCUUCUAAUGCACCUGGUCCUGCUGAGCCUCGUGAUUGGGAGCAGCCAGGGGUGCUACUGUGAACAUUACCCAUGGGGGCCAUGGUCUGCCUGUUCACAGACCUGCAAUUAUGGCACACAGACCAGGCACAGGCAGAUAAGAAUGGAUGAAUAUUAUAGCCAAAACUUCUGUGAGCAGCUGUGCACAAAACAGGAAUCUCGUGCAUGUAAUCAGCAAACGUGUCCUAUCAACUGUCAGCUUGGAGACUUUGGCCCUUGGUCAGAAUGUGACCCAUGCAUUAAAAAACAAUUUCGUACCCGGACACUCCUGCGACCGUCCCAGUUUGGGGGUCAGACCUGUACCGAGCCGCUGGUGGAGUCCCGCCCAUGCUUUCCAGCUAAGCUCUGCAAAAUAGUGGAAGUUGAUUGCAAGAAUAAAUUUCAGUGUGAAAGCGGUCGUUGCAUUUCAAAAAGACUGGAAUGUAAUGGAGAAAAUGACUGUGGGGACAACUCCGAUGAAAGGAACUGUGGAAGGAAAAAGACUGUGUGCCACCGAAACUAUGAGAGCAUCCCCGGUGUGCAGUUAAUGGGCAGUGGGUUUCACAUUAUGGCAGGAGAGAGCCGAGGAGAAGUUCUUGGCAACUCAUUCAAUGGAGGACAAUGCACAACAGUGAAGCGCAAUGAGACAAGGAAAUUGUAUCGUGUCCCUGCGAAUCUGGAGGCUGUCAGCUUUCAGGUAAUAGAUGAAGAGGAUGAUGUCUCAUCAGACUUCUACAAGGAUUUAACUCCCCUGGGUGAUAUUGCUUCUGCAAGUGGUUCAUCCACUCAUAGUAAUAAAAGGACUUUUAGGAUACCAAUUUUAUUCUCAAAAAAGACACGGGUUCAAGUUACAUCAUCUUCCUCCUUCAAGAAAGCUAUUAAAGCCUCAUAUGAGAAGAAUUCCAACUUUAUUAGAGUCCAUAAAGUAAUUUCUGUUGCAAGCUUCACAAUGAAAGAGUCAGAUCUGCAUCUCUCAGACGUUUUUCUAAAAGCACUUAACCACCUGCCCCUGGAGUACAACUAUGCUUUAUACAGCAGAAUAUUUGAUGACUUUGGCACUCAUUACUACACCUCUGGGAAGAUAGGUGGUUCCUAUGACCUUCUUUACCAGUACAGCUCUGAGGAACUGCAGAACUCGGGCCUGUCAGUUGAUGAAUCGACAGAGUGUGUCCGAACAGAAACAACAACGCGUGUGUUGUUCUGGAAGAAAAAGAAAGUCAAUACCAGAUGCACCACAAACAGGAUGACUGUGACACAUGAAGGUUCCAUUUUGGAAUCAUCAGAACGGUCAAUCUCCCUGGUAAAAGGUGGCAGGUCAGAGUAUGCAGCAGCUCUGGCCUGGGAGAAAAAGGGGGCUUUUCCAGGACACACAAUCUUCACAAACUGGCUGGAAUCAACAAAGGACAACCCAGUGGUGAUUGACUUUGAGGUGUCGCCCAUUGUGGAUCUGGUGAGGAACGUGCCGUGUGCAGUGACCAAACGCCGCAACCUGAGAAGAGCCCUGAGGGAAUACGUGGGCAGGUUUGACCCUUGCCAGUGUGCCCCGUGCCCAAACAAUGCCAGGCCUGUGCUCUCUGGGACAGAGUGCCUUUGCCUGUGCCAGGCUGGCACCUAUGGCCCGAACUGUGAGAUACGAGCUCCAGGCUACAAAUCAGUUGCUGUAGAUGGCAGAUGGGGUUGCUGGUCUGAGUGGACUCCAUGUGAUGCUUCCUUCAAAACAAGAAGGACCCGGGAAUGUAAUAACCCCUCCCCAAUGAAUGGUGGGAAGCCGUGUGAAGGAGAGAGGGAAGAAGUGGAGGACUGUUAUGUCUCUGUGUUCACAGACACAGGUGCUCCUUGUAUAAAUGACGAUGAAGCUAGAAGAGAAGAGAGUGUCUUAGAUGGUGAACCUGAGUCCGGAUGCUCCAGGCCAGACCCACCAGAAUAUGGCUUUAUCAGGAAUGAAAAGAACCAGUACGCUGUGGGGGAAGAAGUUGAAAUUGCCUGUGUGAGUGGUUAUAGCCUCACUGGCUACCAAUACCUUCGGUGUCUGUCAGAUCAAACCUGGACACAGGAACAUGUUGAAUGCCAACCCUCAGUAUGCCUCAGGCCAUCAAUAUCUGACAGUGUCGCAAUUUCCCCAUUUAAGCAACAGUACAACAUCGGUGACAUCAUGAUGCUGCACUGCCAAGCUGGGUUUGUAGUCACUGGUCUCAAAAGGUAUACCUGUGGGGAAGACCUGUCCUGGAUACCUCCUAUUUCGAAGUCUAUUACAUGUGAGAAAGAUAUGCAAUCUGAAAUUAGAGGUAUUUGCAAUCUAGGACAAAAGCAGGUUGGAAGUCAGUGUGUUUGUAUGUCUCCAGAAGAAGACUGUGGCCACUACUCAGAAGACGUCUGUGUGCUAGAUGCUGUUUCUGAACAGAAUGUGACCAAGCCCAGCUGUCAGUAUUCAGCUGAAAUGUGCCUUGGAGAGCAGUCGUUUCAUUUCAUGCAUGUUGGCCCUUGCCGUGGUGAUUCUAACCCGGACUGGGCUAUUGAAAGAGCAAAGCUCUCUGCAAAUAGCUUGAAGAAAAUGCCCUGUGGCUAUGACACCUGCUAUGACUGGGAGGUUUGUCUAGAGCCACAGCUCCAGUGCUUCUGCCUGGUGCCUUCUCAGUGUCCCAGAGAAAACAUCCACCCUCACUGCGUCCAGAUGGAGUCAACAGGGAAGAGGAAGACAGUCAGCCAUUGCGUGCUGGGAGCCAUGAAGUGUGCAGGCAUGAAAGUGAAGGUGCUAGAACAUAGUAACUGUCUGGCAUGACCUGUUGGCUCUCUGCAGACACCAUGAUCACCACUUCGAGCACAGGCUGAGCCAUCCAGGGAAAAAGCUGGAUAUGAAGUGACAAAUAGAUCAAAAACAAAGGAUGAGAAAAAAAAUAGAGCUCACUUUAUCAGAUUUUUGGGAGAAGGGUGGCAGUGGCCCUUUUUCCUGUCUGCAAAUGAUCUAGGGUGUGGGGUAUAGGGACUGCUGUCACUCUGUGUUGGCAACUCUGCGGAUGUGUAGAGGGAGGCAGGGGACCAGAUAGGAAGGCAGAAAAACAAACAUUGCCUUUGGUCUCCCAUAGUCCUGCAUGAAACUUUUCUCUUCCUCAGCCUUUUGUUGCUUUGUCCUUGUGCUUGUGACUGCUGUGCAUUCUGGUUGUCUCAGUGGCUGAGUACGUGCUGUACCAUCCAGGCAGGCAGACCAGGCACUUCAGCAUCACUGCACAUUCCUUCUAAUGCCAAAUGGUGAGGGGGUAACCGGAGGCUACCUGCACAGGCACUCAUGGUAUAAACUCAAGGAGAAAUACAAAAUACUGAAAAAACACAAUUAUGUAAUAUCUUCAAAACUAUGUGAUUUUUAAUUGAAGGGAGGAGGUGUUUGCUUUUCAUGCCUAUUUGCUAGGUUUCAGCUUUAGACACAGCUGGGGAAUUUUUGUGGUAUCCUUUGAGGUGAAUUAACUCAUAUUUGUACUUAAAUAUAAAAGAAACAUUUAAUGAACAAUG